CCCGGGCCCCCGGCCCCGGCCCCGGUCCCGGACCCCGUCCCGGACCCCGGACCCCCGGCCGAGCAGGCUUCGGGACCCGCCGCUCACCGCGUCCCCGUGCCGAUGAGCUUGUACGGCAGCUGGGACACGGAGCGGAGCUCCCCGAGCUGCGUGCCCAGGCUCUGCAGUCUGACUCUGAAGAAGCUGAUGGUCCUCAGCAAGCUGGACAGAGGGCUCACCUCCGUCAUCAUCGCCGUGAAGAUCCAGGGGUCUAAGCGGACUUUGAGGUCCCAUGAGUACCUUCUUCCUGCAGGAGGUCUGGUGGAAACUGACCUGGAGCUCACCUUCUCGCUGCAGUACCCGCAUUUCCUGAAGCGAGAUGCCAACCGCCUGCACGUGAUGCUGCAGAGGAGGAAGCGCUACAAGAACCGAACCAUCCUGGGCUACAAGACGCUGGCCGUGGGAAUCAUCGACAUGGCUGAGGUGAUGCAGCAUCCGACAGAUGGAGCCCAUGUCCUUGGUCUCCAUAGCAACCUGAAGCAUGCUGCGGUGCGGGCGGCAGAGCUGAGCGUCUCUUCUCUCUCCAGCCAGCCAAUCGAGCAAGAGGACACCAGCGGUCACCAUGGCAACAAGGCCAAGGCUUCAGAUCGUUCCCCCGACACGGAGCAGUACUGGGCGGAAGACGAUGACAGCUUCUCCUCCGAACAGGAAGGAAGUGACGACGCCGUCCCUCCUCAGGACAUGUUUGAUGAAGAUGACGAUGUCCGGAGGAAGACAAAGACGUCUCGCAGCAAAAUGGCAUCCCUGGCUCAGCAGCCGAACAUCAAGCAGAAAUUUGUGGCUCUGCUGAAAAGAUUCAAAGUCACAGACGAGAAUGAGGCAAGGGUUCAGAGUCGGGACGCUGAGGAGGACUUGGACCAGCUUUACGACAGCCUGGAGGUGGACAAUGUCAGCGACAGCAGCCCAGAGAUAGACGACAACGACAGCAUCCAGAGUGAGCCCAAGCCCAAGCUCAGGCCGUUCUUUGAGGGCGUUCUUCCCUCCAGCUCUCAGUCUGGGGUCAGGAGUCCCGUCUGCCCUCUGGAGGAUCAAAGAUCUGCUGUGACAGAGCAACUGGCUGAUGGAGCUGAGGGGCCCCAAGUCCGUGAGGAGUCCAGGGAUGUGGAGGUCGGUCCUGGGGAAACAGAGGAUGAUGUUGCCGUGGGAACGGACACCGGGCCUGCUGCCAAACUCUGUAAGACUGAUUCAUCCCGCCCCCCGAGGAACAUGUCCUUGAAAGACAGAGAGAACUCCAGAGGGACGGACAGAACCAACAGCUUGGACAGUGAAACGUCAUGUGACUCCAGGACACCUGCAGCACAGGUUGUCCGGAAGGCAGUUUUGGAUCAGCUGAACCACGUCCUGUUCUCCGAGGACCAGCUACCAGAAUCCAUCCUCCUGAUCAACACCUCAGACUGGCAGGGUCAGUACCUGGCAGAGCUACUCUCCGAUCAGCCAGUCGUCUGCACCGUCUCAGCCGCCGACGUUCAGGCCGCCUUCAGCGCCGUCGUCUCCCGCAUCCAGAGAUUCUGUAACUGUAACGCCCAGACUCCGCCCACAGUGAAGGUGGCGGUGGGCGGGGACCAGAGUUACCUCAGCACCUUCCUGUCCUGCUUCGUGGAGCAGCUGGCCAGCAAGACGCCCGACUGGCUGAGCUACAUCCGCUUUCUCAUCAUCCCCAUCGGACACCACCCGCUGGCCAAGUACCUGUCGUCGGUGGAUGGGAAGUUCGGGAGCCUGUUUAUGGACUCCAGUUGGAGAGAGCUGUUUGGACGAGCGGAGCCACCUACUCUUGAUCCGGUGGGUGUAGCCGAACGGGUGUGUCAGUAUUUGGCCGGUGCUGCCGUUUCUCACCUGUGUCCGGUCUCCGAGGCCAUGCUGACCUGCAAACACAGAAGCCCCGACGACGACUCCUUCCAGAAGUUCGUCCCAUUCAUCGGGCUGGUGAACGUCGGCGUUGUGGAGCAGAACUUCCUGUCCACCUCAGUUGACUCGGAUGACAUCAUCCUGGGCUCUUCUCCCUCCCAGUCUGCAUCUCCAAAUAGCAUCAACUCCACACCUCCAGCAUCUCCCUCUAUCAGCUGCCCCGUGGAGGCGGUGGGGCUGCAGGUUGACUACUGGAGCGGUCUGGGGGCAGGAGGAGGAGGAGGAGGAGGAGGAGGAGAGCGGAGGAAGGACGUGGGGGUGAAGAACACAUUGAAGAGCAACUUCCGCUGCCUUCAGGUCUCACGGUUCAGCGGAGGAGAACUGAUGAACAUGACGGUGGUGACGAAGGAGAAGAACAAGAAAGUCAUCUUCCUCAGUAAGAAGGCCAAGGAGAAGGAGGCGGAGUCAAGGAGUCAGAUGAUCGAAGGAAUCAGCAGGUUGAUCUGUACCUCCAAACACCAACACACACUCAGAGUGUCCGUGGACGGCGUGGACUGGAACGACGUGAAGUUCUUCCAGCUCGCAGCUCAGUGGCCGACUCACGUCAAACACUUUCCUGUCGGGAUCUUCGGCCACAGCAAGCCCUGAAGCUCCGCUCCCCUCCAUCACAUGACCUGUGAGCGUCUUCUGGUGAACCUCCCUCUCCCUCCCAGAGCCAGAGUUUGGAAUUCUAUCUGAACAGAAAUUAUAUCAAAAUAGGGCUAUAACAUAAAGCUGAGAAAUAAAUAUUAAAGAAUAGAAGAGCAGAUGGUUUUAUUUGCAGAUGCAGAUGGUUUAUUAUUUUUUAUU